AUGUCUCAAAACGGGAGUCCAGAACAGACUCCUUUACUAGAGCGGGCUGCUUCACCAGAGGCUGGCCCUUCGCAGGAGCCGCGACCUUUGGUGGAACGGGCUCCUUCACAAGAGAGGGCUGCUUCACCACAACCGGAUCCUUCACAGCAGACGGCUGACUUACCAGAACCGGGUGCUUCGCCAGAACCGGGCCCUUUGGAAGAACGGCCGCCUUCACCAGAACCAGGCCCUUCACAAGAACAGCCUCCUCCACAAGCGCGGCCUCCUGUGCCGCGACCAGAGCCGCCAACCCCAGACACAGUCCCAGAGUUUGAGCCUGUACGGCCCUCCCGGAGAUGUGUUUGGGCCAGGUGGUUCGGCUGCUAUUCCCGACCCUCAGUCACUGGGCCUCGAGAAAAGCGCCUUGGUUCUACAGACUUUGACAAAUAUUGGAAUGCGACUCUAAGAAUCCACAAUGAAUCAGAAUGCGAACGCACCCGCGAACAAGGCCUCUAUGUAUUCACCUACUGGUUAGUCUGGGGCCUGGUGAUUGCUCAGCUAAUCAUCUCAGCAUUCAUCACGGGCUUCACUGCAUUCGCACCAGCACCCAGCCAGCAUGCUCUUAGGUCGAUGGCGGACACUCUAAGCCAAAUACCCAUUACGAGUCUAGGAGGUGCCACGUUUAUAAUUACCAGUCUUUUGAGCCUGAUGAGGACAGAACCCGAGAGGAGAUGGAGGAAUUCUCAAGAGUACAAAAAGGUCAUUGACCUUAUUACGCAGACUUCGGAAACACUCGAGUAUCUCGGUUGGGUGAAGGAUAUGAGAGUUCCAGACCCUACAGGGGCACAGCAGGAGCCUACGCAGGCCAAAGGACCUACACAGCCUAUACAUGCUCCACCUCGUCCGCACGGCAUUCGGCAUGUAGGUGGCCUUGUAGAGGACGCAUUUCUGGCGUACGAAGCUGCGAAGCGGAAUGUAGCUCUCAACAGACCAGGUGAUUUCGGUCUGAUUCCUCCAAGGAGCCCUGUAAAUACCGUGGAAGUAUAA